AUGUCCCAAAAAAGCCAAGAUCAAGAUCUAGCCACCAUUCGAACAUCAAUAUCCUCGAAAACAUGGUUCGGGUUCGACCUCGACGACACGCUGCACGAGUUCCGCAAGGCAUCUGCCCAAGCAUCGUCAGCGGUCUUCACAGCGAUCCAUGAAGAACACCCGCAUGUCAAUAUCGACGAGCUGAAGUCAUCCUACCGGGACAUACUUAUCUCAACGACGGCGGGUGCAUUCGCGGACGGGAGGACAUCAACCGAAUAUCGCAGAGAACGGUUCUCGCUUCUUCUCCAGGCCCAUGCAUUGGAGGCGCAGACGGAGAGACUCGACCGUCUUCUGGAAGUCUACCAGAGUAGUCUACGGGCAGCUCUGACGCUGAAACCGGGGGCACUGCAGCUACUCCAACGGAUUAAGCGUCUCGGGAAGAAGGUCAUUGUGGUGACGGAGGGGCCGCAGGAUGCGCAGCAGUGGACUGUGGAAGAACUUGGGCUGGCACGUUACGUUGAUGUGCUUGUCACGACUAAUGAGAUCGGGCAGUCGAAGGUCGACGGGCUGUUUCCCGCGGUCUUGGACAGGCACGGCAUUGUUGCGUCGGAUAUCGUGUAUGUCGGGGAUAAUGAGAACCGGGAUGUUGUCCCGGCCCGGGCUGCGGGUAUUUUGGCUGUGCUGUAUGAUGAGAAGGGUGGUUUUCGCUUGGAUGAUUGUGCUGCACUUCAGGUUGACUCUCUAGGAAAGCUAGAGCAUCUGUUGAGCUAG